AUGAUAUAUACGAGCUAUUCAGAGAAGGCAAUGGAAGGACCAAGUAUGGUUUAUUCCAAAGCUGUAGUGGCAGUACUGCUGUUGUUCAUGAUCAUGUUGGUCCUUAGUCUCUUAUCAGUCCCAGCAGUGGCUUCCAGAAAGCUACUGGAGUUUGUAGCAAUACCUGAUGACCAGCCUCAUGGAGGACAUUAUCCAGGUGGAGGCUGA